UUAUUCGUCGCCUACUUGGUCCCAUUUCUCAAUUCUUCAUCUCUAUAUCUAUCCCCACAUUUCAUUGCAUUGAUUCUCUUACAAGCACUUUCUCCCUCAGUCUUUAUCUCCCUCUUUCUCUCUUCUCCAUGUCUAACAUGUUUAGCAGAAUUGCCAUGACCAACUCUAUCGUUCUUCUUCUAUUUUCCUUGACUUUCUUAGAACAUGGAUUGUUGUUUCAAAGGGUCUCCUCUCUUGGCAUCAACUAUGGUCAAGUCGGCGACAAUCUUCCUCCACCGGACAAAGUUCUACAACUCUUGAGUUCACUCCAUAUCAAUAAGACAAGAAUCUAUGACACAAACCCUCGAGUGUUAACCUCAUUUGCCAAUUCCAAUAUCGAGCUCUUUGUCACCGUCGAAAAUGAAAUGCUUCCCAGCUUAGUAGACCCUCAACAAGCUCUCCAAUGGGUCACUACCCGUAUCAAACCCUACUUUCCGGCCACCAAGAUCGGUGGUAUCGCCGUCGGCAACGAACUAUACACUGACGAUGACUCAAGCCUUAUAGGGUAUCUUAUGCCUGCAAUGAUGAGCAUUCAUGGGGCUUUGGUCCAAACCGGACUAGACAAGUACAUUCAAGUAUCGACUCCGAACUCACUAUCCGUCCUUCAAGAAUCUUACCCUCCAUCCGCCGGAUGUUUUAGGCCGGAAGUAGCUGGCGUAAUGACACAGCUACUAGGUUUCUUGCGUAACACGAAUUCCCCCUUCUGGAUCAACGCUUACCCUUACUUCGCUUACAAGGAUUCCCCAACAAAGAUCCCAUUAGACUACGUCCUCUUCAACCCUAACCCUGGAAUGGUUGACCCCUAUACCAAGUACCGCUAUGACAACAUGCUCUACGCUCAAGUAGACGCUGUGAUCUUUGCCAUGGCGAGGCUUGGCUUCAAAGACAUCGAAGUUGGGGUCUCGGAGACUGGAUGGCCGUCUAAAGGCGAUGGAGAUGAGGUUGGAGCCACUGUGGCCAACGCAGCCGUUUAUAACAAAAAUAUUCUAAGGAGACAACUUCAAAAUGAAGGAACGCCAUUGAGACCAAACUUGAGUUUUGAUGUUUAUCUAUUUGCUCUUUUCAAUGAAGACCUUAAACCAGGACCAACCUCUGAGAGGAAUUAUGGAUUGUAUCAGCCUGAUGAGACCAUGACUUACAAUGUAGGUUUAUUAUCGUCGUCAUCAUUAACAUCAACAUCAACUACUUCUUCAACUUCUAUUAUUUCCCUCACUUCCUCUGCCUCCACGGUAUGUAUCAACAUUUAACUUUACUUGCUCUGUUUCUACUAGAUCUCUUACUUCCAUAUUUCUUUCUUUUUAAUCUUUAUAUAGCACAUUAAAUCCCUUGAAAAAAGCUUUGAUUGAGAAACAUUUUUAAAACAAAUUCUGACCUGUUGUCUAAAAAAGAAGAGAAUUGUGACGUUUCUUUCUUCUAAUUGUGACGUUUUAUACUUGAAAAGUUCGGCUUUUCUAGAACAUAUUCUUACCAAACAUAUUUAUUUUAACAUAUUUCUUGAUUAAUAGCGAUAAAGUAUACAUUUUUUUUGGAGCGAUAUGAUUAGUACAUGAUAUUUAUGAUUAUCCUCACCAUCUGAUUUUUAGAUACAUAUUAGUUAAUUAAAAAUUUGCGGUCUUAAUUAUUGCUUAUUAUGAUAUUUUAAUUUAAACAGGCUUUAAAGAAGGGAAAGCAACGGUUGAUGUAUUGGACAUGCGUUUAUUUGUUGGCCAUUCACAUGCUAAUUAGAAGAUCGUACUAGAAGCAAAAACAAAUUGAGAGAGCUUCUAAGUGUAAAUAGAGAGUCCACUAAUGCGGUCCAAUUUUUCAACGAGAAGAAUUAAAUUAUUCUCGAAAGUGUCUCAGAUGAUUCUUUAAAAGGGGAAAAAAACACUCAGAAAAAUUGAGAAGGGAAUGCAGUACUGCAAAGCGAAUCCUAUGUAUAAAAAACUGACGAUUCAUAUUAUAGAACUUUAUUUGUAUUUGUCUUACUAACGUGUUAAUUACUUUCGUUGUCUAAAUAAAAAGUGACUAAAAUUAAUCAUCAACUGAUAAGGUAUACAAUAAUGAUUCGUAUACAAUAAUGAUUCAUGAAUCAUAUAAGAACGAUCGUGUUUAUUGUUUAAAUCCAAAGGAUA